UCCGAUGAGUUUUCCACUCGGGCUUACCUGAAAAUCAGUUCUGCCGCAUCCCCGUAUCAAGAGUGCAUCGCCCGUGAACGCGAUUGCCUGCUCAUCGCAAACAUGCCGUCUGUAACGCUGAAGGACGUGGACCAGCACAAAUUUGUGAAGGCCUUUGCUGCUUUCCUCAAAAAGACUGGCAAGAUGCGUGUGCCUGAGUGGGUAGAUAUCGUGAAGUCUGCUCGAUUCAAGGAGCUCGCACCGUAUGAUCAAGAUUGGUAUUACAUCCGUUGCGCAGCCAUUGUACGUCAUAUCUACAUUCGCAGCCCAAUCGGAGUUGGCGCUGUCACCAAGAUCUUUGGUGGACGCAAACGCAAUGGCACCCAUCCUAGCCACUUUUGCCGAUCGGCUGGUGGUGUUGCACGUAAGGCACUCCAGAGUCUGGAGCAGUUGAAGCUCAUCGAGAAGGCGCCUCUCGGUGGACGCAAAUUAACGAGUCAAGGACGCAGGGACUUGGAUCGUAUUGCCGCACAAGUAAAGGCUAAGAGCAAAAAACAACUUAAGCUUCAGGAAACCAUUGUAAUUUAAUGUUCUUUUAUGUUUCUGUAAUAAAAUUAAAAAAUAUAAGUAAAAGUAAAAGAGA